GCAAAACAGUUAUCAAAACUCAACUCCGCCUCGAUAUAAGAGAACGGAGUUGAACGUUCCUCAGCUAUCCCAAUAAUGGACUAAAUGAGCCUAAUGUUACUCAGAGUCCAAGGAUCUUAGCUAGAUGUAAAAUGUUCUGUUUAAAUGCGAAUUGGCUCUCAUAGCAAAAACAUCGAUUCUCAAUUGCGGUACUGUUCUAGAAACAUAAAGCCCCUUACUUUCAUAUCACAAAUUUAGUUAACAAAUGAAAAAUAUAUACAUACUGUACACGGUUUUAACACAGAUGCAGACUAAAUAAUUUUUCAGCGACAACACGUUUUUGGCGUCCAUCUUGCGUUUACACACAGACGCAGAUAGCAAAUUAGCACAGAUAGUCGCCUCUGUCUUUUCCGUGAACAAGCGCUGUAACAUGGAAAUAUGGCCAUGUGGGAACCCUAACCCUAUAAAGAUGGGAACCUAACAGGUCAGAGUUUUGGAGAAGUAAUCAUGGCCACCCAGCCCUCGCAGCCUCCAUCCUUACGCUUUGGCCAGGUGGUCAUUGGACCUCCUGGCUCAGGUAAAACCACAUACUGCCGGGGGAUGCAGGAGUUCUUGAGUCACUUGGGACGGAAGGUAGUUGUGGUGAACAUGGACCCUGCAAAUGAAGGGCUCCCAUACCCCUGUGCUGUGGAUAUUUCAGAGCUGGUCACCCUACAUGACGUGAUGGAGGGUUUGAAGCUGGGGCCCAAUGGUGGACUCCUGUACUGCAUGGAGUAUCUGGAGGCCAAUCUGGACUGGCUGGAAGCCAAGUUAGAGGAACAUAGUGACUGUUACUUCCUGUUUGACUGUCCUGGUCAAGUGGAGCUGUACACCCACCAGAACUCAGUGAAAAACGUCUUUGCUCAGCUGGCCAAGUGGAACUUCAGGCUGACUGCAGUGCACCUUGUGGACUCUCAUUACUGCGCUGACCCAGCUAAGUUCAUCUCAGUGCUGUGCACCUCCUUGUCCACCAUGCUGCACGUGGAGCUACCCCACGUCAACGUCCUCUCCAAGAUGGACCUCAUCGAGCAGUACGGCAAACUAGCCUUCAACCUGGACUUCUACACAGAGGUUAUGGACCUGACAUAUCUGCUGGAUCACUUGGCUGCUGACCCUUUCUUUAGGAAGUUCCUCAAACUGAAUGAGAAACUCGCAGGGGUCAUACAAGACUACGGUCUUGUCUCUUUUGUGCCUCUCAAUGUGCAGGACAGGGAGAGCAUGAUGCAGGUCCUGCGGACAGUGGACAAGGCCAACGGCUACUGCUUCGGUGACCUGGAGGAGAGGAACCUGCAUGCAAUGUUGUCAGCCGCUGUGGGAGCGGACUUCCAGUUCACCUCAACUCUAGGAGUGCAAGAGAGGUAUGUUGGAGAUGGUGAAAAGACCGUGGAGGAGGAGGUGAUGGAUCUGUAGAUCACCAGACACUCAUCAAUGGAUGCUGCUGACCUCCAUGUUGCUUGCACUGGGCCAGCAAAGGACCGACAGUACAACAUUUGUCCAGUGGAAGUGGUGUGUCAAACGCAGAAAAUGCUAUUCUUCUUUCCCUCUUUGACUGAACAUGUAAAUUAUCACUUUUAACUUGAUAUGGCUGGCUCUGGGUAUAUAGAGAGGAGAGAAGGGUGGAGAAGGGGUUAGAAGCAUCAGACUGCAAACAGAUUCCAAGCCAACUGCUUCCUACCCCACAAUCCAAGAAUUUGGAUCAAUCUGGGUUAAGAGUUUGGAUUGAUAUAUCCUUGGCUUUGUGGCUGGGUUGUAAUUCCAGUGUUAGUUGGAUGCAAAUGCUCAUCUCUUAUUCUGCCAGUGAAAAAAGAUGGACAAAUCCAGGAGCACUGGACUACAGAUAAUUAUUUACAUUUUGUAAUGAGAAAUACCCAGGUUUGUAGGGGCAGUUUGGUCAACCCUUCAGUCUAUAAGAUGUGUACAUUGGGUACGAAUCCCAUUGCAAAUUAGCAAAAUAAACUGUUAAUAAGUGUUGUUUUUUUCAUGAAUAAAGUUUGUGAAGAGUUGGUCUUA